UUGUAAAUGUGUGACACCGAUGAUCCCUCCAGCAGUUAAUGUAAACCGUUAGUUGACUCGUAGAGGACGAUUCCUGUUGUCAGUACAUAAACGCAUUUCAGUCGGUAAUGCUUAGGAAGCCAAUAAUACUAUUUGUCACGUAUAAACUUUGAAGAUGACUGCUGCAAGUCAAGCAGAGAGAACUGUGUUGGCCUACACCGUUCACCUACCAUCAAUACCAACUGAAGAUGAAUUCAACUGGCUGCUGAAAGAGGAAGUGCAUGCUGUGUUGAAACAGCUGCAGGAUAUUUUAAAGGAAGCAUCCAGGCGUUUCUCAAUGCCAACACCAGGAUUUGAGGGUCAACUUAAACAAGAGAAUUUCAUUCUUGGCAGCUCAACAAUGGACCAGGUGAAGGGAGUGUUGACUUUGCAGGGUGAAGCAUUAACACAGGCUGAUAUUAAUAUAAAAGUGGCCAAAAGCAGUCAAGUCAUGCAUUUUGCAUUCCGGGAUGACAAACAGUGGAAACUGCAGCAGAUCCAGGAUGCCAGGAACCACGUGAACCAGGCUCUUCAGCUACUCAACAGCCGAGACGACAGUUACCACUUUAAAACUGGGGCAGAAGUGAACAAGCUAAUGGAUGCGGUGAUGCUGCAGCUCACCAGGGCCCGUAACCGUCUCACCACUCCAGCUACCAUGACCCUUCCUGAGCUUGCCUCCAGUGGCCUUAUGAAAAUGUUCUCGCCGCCCAUGCCCGGAGACGUGCUUGUGAACUUCUACAUCAACCUCAGCAAGCUCUGCUUGAUCGUGUACCAGCUCCACGUGCUGCAGCCAAACACCACCAAGAACUUCAAGCCUGCUGGGAGCUCUGUCUUGCAUAACCCAGGAGCCAUGUUUGAGAACAACAACACUAAGUUUGAGGUCAGUCACGUCCACAAGGUGGAGUGUGUGGUGCCAUGGCUUAACGACACUCUGGUCUUCUUCACCAUCUCCCUUCAACUGUGCCAGCAGCUGAAGGACAAGAUAUCUGUGUUCUCCAGUUUCUGGAACUAUAGGCCAUUCUAAGCCGAGACCUUCUCUGAUCACAAGCCUGCAAAGAGCUGAAAUCACUACAGGUUCUUGUAAUUGUGCAUUGUAAAUCCCCCCAGAUGUUUACCGGUGUAAUUGGAGGUAUGAAAGCAGCUCUGUGAUUGUUUGUCCGUGUGGUAUUCAAAUAGGAUCAAUAAGCUAUAUUUUGAUGAAGGAGCAUGCAAAGCUCAUUGUCCAUGGUGCGGUUAGUAUAGAAAUAUAUGUAUAUGUGUAUACAGAGGCAUAUGUGGGCAACUUGAGGUUCCCUUAUUGGUCCAUUGUAAACAUUCAGUUUUUUGUGAUGUGUGUCUGUAGCAUUUCUCCCCUCUAUUUGUGCUGGACUACUUUGCUUUGUUUAUUUUGGGCCACAUGUUGUAACAGUUUGGACCCUUAGUGAAAGACACUUUAUGAAAGAAAUGUUGAUAGUCACGCUAUGUAGUUACAUUGUACAAAGUCCUGAUCGUAACUGUUACUCUCAUUGGAUCUUAAUCGUAAUAUGAAUCUGAGAUUUUACCCACUUCAGCUGGAUUUGUUCUUUUCUGAAUCAUGUGUUUGUUUCCUGUUUUGAUCAAGAGUCUUGUGUUGAACACUAUGAACACUAAAAUAAGAAGCCAUUUGUAUCAUUCCGUACCACCACAGGGUUCCUGUAAUACCACCAAGAAAGGGUUAGAAAUGGACACGUUCACUUUCACCUCAGAAAGUUUUUUGUUUUGUUUUGUUUUUGCACAUAAUUGUUCAGUUUGUAGCCAUUGUUGCUAUAAUUCUAUCAUUCCAAAGACGCAUCAUCAAGGUGCAUCAUGUAUGUUUUUACGCUAAUACUGAAGGGAUAAGGAUUAACUCAGAUCAUUCCAUGACGAUAGAAGGAUGUAUGCAUAGCACAAAUCAAAAUGGCUUCAGGUGUCUAAACAGUGGUGAGGGCAGCACUUAAAUUUAUGUUGUUUUGUUUUCUGGAUUUUAUUCCUUUGCUUUAUUUAUUUAUUUAUCCUUCAGUAUUGACUUAUUUUGCACUUUCUGCCUGCCUGAAUGGUUGUCUUGAUGUUCAAUUUCAUUUCAAUGUGGAACAAACAAAGUCUUACACUAUUUUUAAAUGAAUAUACAUGGACCAUAAAAUAUACUGUGCUAUAAAUAAAUGUGAUGAACACUA